ACCACUGCUUGCGCACUUGGGAUAUCGUCAAGCUCGAGGGAGCGAGAGCAGAUCAAAAGCUGAGCGCAGCGCCGGGUAGCAUAGCAGUGGCCGGAGCAAUGGCUGCUCGUCAGACACUCCUCGCGCUCCUCUUUGUGGCCGCCGCGGGGGCAGGCGGCCAUGCAGCUGCAGCAGUUGCAGGAAAGGUUCCGACUGGGAGUACGCUUUGCUGCACAAACACGACGGGAUACCACGAGUGCGUUGAGGCCUGCUUCCACUACUACCCGCGUGAACAGGCAGAGAAGUUCUGUGAUCCGGGGUGUCAAGAAGCGUACCAGUGCCAUGCCGUGCCCGGAGAAAAAUGCCCCAGCAGCAGCCUACACCACUCAUCUGACUUGCUCACCAACUCUGUUGUAGGAGAGGUCGUCCAACCUGUGACGACGACGCUUUGCUGCUCAAACAUGACGGGGUUCCAUGAGUGUGUUGAGGAUUGUUUCGCCUAUUUUCCGCGUGAACAGGCUGAUAAAAUAUGUGAUCCGGGCUGCAAAGAAGCGUAUCAGUGCCGUACCGUGAGCGGAGACAAAUGCCCCAGCGAACACCCUUCAUCCGGCUCUGUUGUAGGAGAGGUCGUCCAAGCUGCGACGAAGACGCUGUGCUGCUCAAACAUGACAGGAUUUCAUGAGUGUGUUGAGGAUUGUUUCGGCUACUUCCCACGUGAACAAGCUGAGAAAAUCUGUGAUCCGGGCUGCCAGGAAGCGUAUCAGUGCCGUACCGUAAGCGGAGACAAAUGCCCCACCAACUCUGCAGCAAAAGGAGCUGCCGUCGAGAAAUGCGUGUCAGGAUGCAAGUCCUCCGUGUGCAGCAAAAUGGUCACCGGCGUUGGCAGCAAACUUUUUGCGGUGAAACACGCCCUCGACCGCUGUAACAAUGCGUGCUACAAAUUCUGCACCAAGGGUCUCCGCGCGGGAACAGCUACUGCUUGACCUAUACGCACGGUUACUAGACAGUGCGCCACGCUCCGGAUCAAGGCUGUAUACCCUCGUGUCUUUUCGUUUUGAAUAAACGGGAACAAUAAUGUACGAAAGUAGUGAUGCAAGGAAAAAAAUUACAAAAAAAUGUAUUCACUGCACGUAGUUAGUGACCAUUUCACUUCACUGUUAACCAGGGAUAGAUGCAAGGUCCUAGAAGAGUACCAACUGGCACCCACUAGUUGACGGUAAAUGUGUUUGUCUGUGUUCCUUCCUUUCGAAUAAGGCAAUAAAAAACUAGCAUGCAGCGUCCAUGUAACGAUAUGUCUGCCUCGACAUCUACGUGAUGUAUACUGUGGACAAAAUAAAUAAGUCCAUCGCUGUGUUACA